CAGACAUAUUCAACCUCACGUUGCAUGUCAUCCUCGCGACUCCUUACGAGACAAUCAGUGGCAACACACUACCUCUUCCACCCACGCUUAGCAACGAAGCAUAUCCGCACAGCUUCCAACAACAUCCGACUCGCAAGGAAUCGUCUCCCAGGCAUUAAAGAUUCUCCAGCGGGUAUACGCAGCUUCGCCUCCUCCUCUGGCAAACUUUACGCCACACUCAGCAAGACCCCGAUCUUCGUCCUCCAAGCUAAGCCUCGAGGCGUCGAAAUGGCUGACCAACCAGCCAAGAAACUCCGCACCUCCCAUCCCACCUACGAACUCCUCUACCACCCUGGCAUCCCCGGACGAGGCGAGUUCAUCCGUUUGGCUUUCGAAGCCGCAGGCGUGCCUUACACCGAUAUCGCGAAUGAGGAUCAUAAGAAUGGAUAUGCAGAAGUUCAGCAAGUGUGCAUGAAUGACGGAAUAGAGUCAAGUGAUGGGAAUCCUCCGGUUUUCUCGCCUCCGGCUUUGAGAGUUAGGGAUGGGGAGAAGGCUUUGGUGAUAAGUCAGACGCCGAAUAUUUUGAUUUAUCUUGGGGAGAAGUUGGGAUUGGUGCCUGCUGGAGAUGAGAAGUUUUAUGUGCAGCAGUUGGCUCUUACUGCUUUGGACUUGAAUAAUGAGAUUCAUGAUACGCAUCAUCCAAUUGCGGCCUCGAAAUACUACGAAGAUCAAAAAGAUGCGGCGUUGGAAAAGGCUAAAGAUUUGAGGGCAACGAGGAUACCCAAAUUCUUCAAGUACUUUGAGAGGCAAUUGAAGUGGAAUUCUUCCGCUGGACAACAUAAGUAUCUCGUAGGUGAUCGGCUUACAUACGCAGACCUCACUGUCUGGCAGAUACUGGAUGGAGCCAAGUAUGCGUUCCCCAAGGAGCUGGAGGUGAGGAGGAAAGAGUUCCCGGAAUUACUAGGGACCUUUUAUGAAAGUGUAAAGGAAGAGGAGGGGAUUAAAGAGUAUUUGGCGAGUGAGAGGAGGUUGAAGUAUAGUAUGGGUGUUUUCAGAUAUUAUCCUGAACUAGACAGGCCGUGAGGGCAUGACGAAGACGAUGAAGCUGGGCUCGAGAAGGUUGUUUACCGUCUCAUCCAAACGCCUUCUGCCCAAUCUGCCAGCUGAUCAGAUCCUC